UUGAGCACAUCCGCAAAGCGGUAGCGGCUUGUGUGUUGUGUAAUUAGAGGAGUGCGCACAGGGAAGUUUAGACACAUGAAGAAGCUCCUGUGAUGUGUGAAGAUGCCGCCGCUGCAGAGAGUCUUCGAGCUACCCAGACAACACUCCCUUAACCUGCCGGCUGUCCUCAAUCCAUUUGUGUACGACCUUAAAUUAACCAAAGCCGAGAAAAUCAAAUGUUUUCUUCUGGGAAUCAUCCUUGUGCCGAUCCGCGCAAUUUUCUUGCUUCUCGUCCUGAUGGUCUUGUGGCCGGUCGCUGUCGUAUUAACAUUUCAACAGCCUUUGAAAGGAGCCGUGGAGCCCAUGACUGGCUGGAGAAGGUUUAUGCGUCAAAGAGUGAUGACAUUUCUGGCUCGCCUUUAUUUCUUCGGGAUGGGCUUCAGGGUCGUAGUGAAGGGCAAGCAGGCCAGCAGUGCAGAAGCUCCGAUUCUAGCCGUGGCUCCUCACUCUACUUUCUUUGAUGCCAUUGUCAGUAUUGAAGCCGGUCUGCCCUCUAUUGUAUCCCGCUCAGAGUCUUUGGAUGCACCUAUCUUUGGAAGGUUUUUGAGAUGUGUGCAACCAGUGCUUGUUUCACGCACAGAUCCAGACUCUCGUAGAAACACUGUUCUUGAGAUUGAAAGGAGAGCAAAGUCAGGUGGCCGCUGGCCACAGAUCCUCCUUUUUCCUGAAGGAACAUGUACAAACAGAUCAUGUCUCAUUACUUUCAAACAAGGUGCUUUCUUCCCAGGUGUUCCAGUACAGCCCGUUGUUAUCAAAUACCCAAAUAAGUUGGACACAGUCACAUGGACAUGGCAGGGUCCAAAAAUGGCCAAACUACUGCUGCUAACGCUCUGUCAGCUCUAUACAACGGUGGAGAUUGAGUUUCUUCCCCCUUGGAUUCCUACAGAGGCUGAGAAAAAGUGUCCAACAAAGUUUGCUCAGUCAGUGAGAGCUGUCAUGGCAAAGUCUCUGGGCCUUCCAGUCACAGACCACACUUAUGAAGACUGCCGUCUGAUGAUAGCAGCUGGAGAAUUGACCCUGCCUAUGGAGACAGGACUCGUUGAGUUUACCAAGAUCAGCAGGAAAUUAAAACUUAAAUGGGACAAUUUAAAGAAGGAUUUGGAGAGUUUUGCAAACAUAGCCUGUUCGUGCAAAGGUGGAAGGAUCACAAUUGAAGAAUUUGCCAGCUUCCUAAAACUACCCAUCAGCCAACCUCUGAAGGAGCUCUUCGCUCUGUUUGAUAGGGAUGGUGAUGGCACCAUUGAUUUCAGAGAGUAUGUCAUUGGUGUCACGGUUUUGUGCCGACCGGCAAAUACCGAGGAAGUAAUUCAGACUGCUUUUAUGCUUUUCGACAUUGAUCAGGACAACUGUAUUACGCAAGAUGAGUUCAGCGGUUUGCUACGUUCUGCUCUUGGAGUGUGUGAUCUUGAUGUCAGCAGUCUCUUCAAUGAGAUCGAUGCAGAUGGAUCUGGACACAUCACUUAUGAUGAGUUCUGUACAUUUGCUCUCACCCACCCUGAAUAUGCCAAGCUCUUCACCACCUACAUCGAGUUACAGCGAUACCAGGCUCUCCAGAGCGAGCACUCUGAAUAUAACGGCUUUUUUCAUUGCUCUCAUCAUGAUGAUCUCCAAGAGAACAGCACCUCGGAAAAAAAAGACGACUGACACGGAAGGAGAAGGUGAAGCCACAAUGAAACUCAAGAAAGGCAUUCAGCUCUAAGAUUAAAGUUCUGACACACCAUCUGAAAAUGUGCCUUUAGCUUGGGUGGAGUGAUAUCCGUACAAGCACAUGUGCAGUUAUAUAGUUCCGUAGAUAUUUUAUAAACUAUUUAAUGUCUAUUUAAAUGCUUUUGGAUCAGUGUUUACAAACUGCGAAUACUGGAUGUAUGUAUGAAUAUGCUAUAACAAUUAUUUUCCUGUGGCAACACAAAAUGUUGUUUUAUUCUAAUUAGGUUUUUUAUAUAAUGUUUGUAGCUUAAACUUCAUUUUUCAUUAUUUGCCGUUUAUAUCUUCUUUAAAUAAUAAAAAAGAAAGUGAUAAAAUG